AUGUCCGCCUCCGCGAGAAACCGAACCGCUACCGUCAGCUCCGGGCAAUCGUCACAAAGAGGUCGGAGCAAUGAGAUGCAGGAUUUCAACAUGUCGCAGCCCAACAUCAUGCGGUACUUCGAGCCAUGCGCCGCCACGGCGUCCAUGUUCUUGUAUGCCCAGGGUUCUUCCAUCGUAUGCUGCCACCACGACACUCUCACAAUAGAAAGAAGAUUUUCAAGGCACUCGGACGAGGUGCAGUUGCUCGCAGUUGAUACGCAAAGCGAGAUUGGAGCCGGAAGGCUGGUAGUCAGUUACGAUGCCGGGCAGACAGCCAUUGUCUGGGAUAUUAUGACGGGCGACGAAGUAGCCCGAUUCGCUUCAUACGAGCACUUGACAACUGCUGCGUGGAUGCGCAAUGGCAAUGUUGCAUUUGGUAAUACGCAGGGCAACAUUAUUCUAUUCGAGCCCACAACAUCAGAGCAUAUCUCUUCGAGAACGAUUGACCAGAUUGCCGUGACAGCGCUUGCACCAGCCGCAGACUGUAGGACAUUUGCGAUCGGAUACCAAAAUGGCUCGUUGUUGGUCGCAACUCUUCAGCCACGAUUCACUAUCCUCCACAACCUAGGCACAUCAAGAGCACCUUCGCCUAUCGUCACGCUCAACUGGCAUGCCUCGUCGUCUCGUCAAAAAUCGGACAUGCUGGCAUCACAGACCCAUGAUGGCGACCUCCGAGUUUGGAGUGUGUCCAAGUCGUACAGCAGCGAUGACCCCGCCAAGGUUGUGAGGAUUCUCAAGCGCACCGAUAACUACCAAACCGGUCCCAACUGGAUGGGCUGGUCAAAAAACGGCCGCAUUAUCCAACAUUCUGACUCGGAAACACUAUCGUGGGAUGUCCGUACUAAGCACGUUACUUGGGAUAGUAUCCCGACGCUCGAGCACGUCAGAGGCCUGGCCGUGUACGGCCCCGGCGCCAGCCUCUUCACCCUGGGAGCCAACAACACCGUACAGCAAUUCGACCUUAACACCCCUUCCAUCAUAGUUGCUAAUGUACAGCACCCGGCCAACUUGUUGCCACCAUCACCGCCUGUCUCGAUAGAGGAACAGCAGGGACAGAAAACAUCAACAACCAUCGUUACUGACUCGGAUGCCACGUCUGGUUCAAUUGAGCUCGGCAUUUCGGAGAGUGACGAAGAUCACUUGUCUCCCUUUGACCGUAUAGUUAGCCGGAAGGACACAGGCACGCCCAAGGCGCUCGACCCUUACGAUGCCGAUACCGCAAGCGCGGCUUCUAGCCGCAGCGGACUGUCUUCCAUCUCGCGAUCCUCCGGAGGAUCUCGGACGCCCGGACGGUACCCGUCGUCGGCCGUCUCUCGAGGCAUGACUGAAAACACCUACAUCUCUGCCGGAUCGUCUCUCAGAUCUUCUGCUGCACCUUACCAAGAACGAGACAUGUAUUCCAUGAGCGGAACGUCAAUGAUGAGCGGCACCUCCAUGUCCUCAUACCGCUCUCGCCGUUCUAGGCCAUCCCGUCUACGAAAUGAGGUCUUGCCGAGCCCUGUCGACAGCAAGGUCCAGGAUCUCUUCAAGUACACCAGGAGCCGGCUCAGCGACAUUCCUUACAAGCACCCGAUCGGGGGUGACCAUAGCCGACUCACGAAUGACGAUCUCCGCAAGCAGAUGCUUAGCACCAUCUUUGGAUGGAACAAGGAGAUUGACGACUUGGUCAGAGAGGAAUUGAGCCGACACAAUGCGGCUUCACCGGCGCGUAUUCUUCUGAUGAGAUGGCUGGGCGAUAUUGACGCAGAUGUCAUGGCAGCGAGCUCAGCCUCAAUGACUUCUUCUGACUGGAUGUUGCUAGCCCUCAGUGGUAUUGGAGGCCAAGCUUCGCAGCACAAGCUGGGGCGCGCCUACGUUCAAAGACUCCUGGAGCACGGUGAUCUUCACGCCGCUGUUACCAUUCUAAUUGGCAUGGGUGAUCACAAUGAUGCCAUUGAGAUUUACGUGUCCCACAAGAAGUACAUGGAGGCGCUUAUCCUGACUUGUCUCUUCUAUCCCGCCGUCUGGGAACGACAGGCAGCUAUCAUCAAGAAAUGGGGCGAAUGGGCUGUUAUGCACGGGCAACAGCAGCUUGCCGUGAGAUGUUUCGCCUGCACUGGUGCCGAGUCUGAUGAGCCAUGGACAUCACCUUCUGCUGCCCAAGUGACCUUCCAGAGCAUCAACCAGAACGUUCAUGAGAAUAUCCCGGAGGUCCUGUCACCUCCUCUCUCGCCUCCCGGCAUUAACCGUGGACCCCAAAGAAGCAUCGCCAAGACGUCCGCUCUGAAGCUGAUCACGUCUUUUGGCGAGCAGCAAGGGAAAUCAAAGUUCUUCUCUCAAGGAGACGGCGGACAGACUCCUAUCGCCGCGGGCCCAACACCCAUCGCCGAUUCUGCAGUCUCCCCUGGUGGAUAUGAUGUCACCACUGCCUUCAUCCGCCCACCAAACCGCAGCCAAUUCAACACCCCGAACUCGGCGAGAUCCGGAGCAUCUGCCUUCAGUCGCAAGCGCCUCCCUUCCAUCGGUGAGAUUCCAGGAGACUUGUCUCGUGAACAACUUCAGGUUGACGUUGAGGAAUCUCGACGUGCUAUGCAACUGCGCAUGUCUUCUGCCGAGCAGGAAAAUCUCGCUGCUGGCCUGUCUCUGCAGAGGGCUGCCACAGCAAGCCCGAUGAUGAUGCGUGACCAGUACAAAAAGAUCACCACACGGACAAGAGAAGCGCCUCCCCCAUCUCCUGAUGCUAGAAUGAUUAUCAAGAUGGAAGGCAGCAUGGCCCAGCGCAACGGUUCCCGAGACCGCAAGCCAAAGGGACUUCAUCUUGAGCUUGCAGGUCUGAACAACAUGGCCAAUGAGAUCACCUCUCCCGAGCAGUCGGUGGCAUCUUCCACCCGUUUCCACUGGCCUUCCCGACGUAGGGGACCCGGCUCCGUCACAGGCUCUGUUACGUCUCAAUCCACCACCGGCAAAAGCAUCCGCAGCAACACUACGGGUGGGCGACAGGACUACAUCCACAGCCUCGACACUGCCCAGCGCUUGCAACAACGCAAGCAGCGAAGCCGACAUGCCAGUCGAGAGGGCAAGCGCGAUGGCUCCCGUGGCCGCGACCGUGACCACAGCCGCACUCGCAAGACAUCUUCUCGCGAAGCUUCCGCUGAGCGUGGCCGUGCCUCUAGCCGCAACUGGCCCAAGGCAAAGCGCUCCCCAACCUCGCCCAUCCCUAUGUCGCCCGAGGAUCUCAUCAACCUGAGCACACCCAAGUUCUUGCCGGAUGUCGGAGAGCCCGCCACAGUGAGGAAGUCUAGCAAGAGCAGGAAGGGUACUAGUCGCGCAUCCAGCCGGGGUAGCCAAGGCCGCAACAGAAGCCCCGAAGGCAGACAUCGCCCUCCUGCGCUUGAACUCCGCGGCCGAAGUGCGGACCGGACUGGCUCUCACGCCAGGUCACCUUCGUCUCCUCUACCUCUGUCAGCCAAUCUUGUCCACUACCAGGGGUCUGAAGACGAGGAGGACUAUGUCAAGGCUGUUGUUGCCCAAGAGAACUUCAGAAACAGACACAACAGAAGCACCAGCCAGCAUGGGUCCCGCAAGGCGCUCUCACCUGAGCUUACCAGAGAGUUCCCUCGACGAGACCGAUCCGAGAGUCGCCGUCGCCACGCUGGUGAGAACCUGGAUCAAUCCCGCGAUAUUGCGCCUCCCCAAUCCAAGUCUCGUGCCGCCUCUACAGAGCACGCUGGAGACUUGAAGGCUAUGAAGGAUGAGAGGCAGCGUAAGAAGGAGGAAGCUGCUCGCGAGCUCGAGGAACGUCGCAAGUCCCUCGCACAACGUCCCUCGGCGCCACCAAUUCCCCACCCCAACCACAUCCGAAUCGGUAUUGAAUCAUCCCCAAGUGCCGUUGAGCUUCCGCCUCGCAGCCACACUGCCGACCCUACUACCAACAGAAGCAUGUACGCACGCAGCAGCUCCAAUGUGCACAUUGGUUUGCCCGCAACGCCCAAGGCCAUGCGUCUCAUCAUCGAGUCGGACAAAGACAAGAACAGCAUUCCGGUGCCCCCGAUCCCGGCUACGUUUGCCCAGAGACAUUCCCCGGUGACUUCUCCCCAGCAGCAGUCCCCCGAGAAAGAGCAGUCUGCCGAGACCCUCACUUUGCUCCCUCAGACAACUUACCAGCUUCCUUCCACGGUCUAUCAACCUCCCAACCGCGGAAUGAUUCCUCGCAGCAUGUCGGCCCCGCCCGUCCCUCCUGAUGCGCCCUCCCCUAGAGGUCCUAGCGCCAGCAGCAAAGGUCUUUCUCGCGGUCCUUCCAUGAGAAGAGGUCACUCUGGUGAGAUUCGCACUGUCGAUGACAUGAUCCGGGUCAGACGUGCCUCCCAAGAAAGCAACAACUACGGAAGCAUCCCACCGCCGCCGCCUCCUCCUCCUGCUCCGCCAAUGUUGAAGGAGCUUCAGCACCUUGCGAUGCCUCCUCCCCCGCCCCCGGCGCCUCUCCCGUACACCGCCCACAUCCAACCCGUGACCAUGGGUUCCGGUAUGAUUGAGAUUGUCAUGGACGACGAUGACGUUAUCCAAACGACUAUUGCUGCUCCCAUGGACACAACAGUCCCAGUAAUUCCACCACCCGCCCCGCCCGUGUCCAAGGGUGGUCACAGCCGAGGACGCAGCUUCUCUGAACGAGACAACAGCAUCGCUGGCCGAUUCUCCAAGGCGACCGACCGCUUCAGGUCCGGCAGCCGCAACCGCAAGGAGCCCUCAGCGCGGCCCCGCGGUCAGGAGGACUACGAAUACGCCCCUUAUGAGAGCGUACCUAUGCCAAUGAACUAUGGCCGCGAGUCGAUGCGAUCUCCCCCCGCCAUGGCGCAGAAGAGCUUGCCUACUGGCCUGCACCACAGCGAGAUGAUUUGA